GCGCGCACACACCCUCUCGGUCGGUUCAUUAUAGGAAGGUGGCUGUGCAGCAGACUCGGUAUUGGAAAGCGUCUGUUUGUGUCCCCCGGCUGAGCACAAUGAGAGCCAUCAUUCAAAGGGUGACUCAGGCCAGUGUGACUGUGGGAGAAGAACAGGUCAGCUCCAUCGGACGGGGCAUCUGUGUGUUGCUGGGUAUUUCAGUAGAAGACACACAGAAGGAUAUUGAUUAUAUGGUGAGAAAGAUUCUGAACCUUCGGAUAUUUGCGGAUGACAGUGGCAAACAUUGGAGUAAAAGUGUUAUGGACAAGCAGUAUGAGGUGCUGUGCGUCAGCCAGUUUACGUUGCAGUGCGUCUUAAAAGGAAACAAGCCCGACUAUCACAUGGCAAUGCCGUCCGAGAACGCUGAACCAUUCUACCAGGACUUCUUGGAGCGAAUGAGAAAGGCCUACAAACCGGAACUAAUCAAAGAUGGCAAGUUUGGAGCAUACAUGCAAGUGAACAUACAGAAUGAUGGCCCAGUCACUAUACAAUUGGAGCCUCCGGCAUCGACAGCUGACCCAAAACAUCUUGCAAAACUUGAAAAGCAGCAGCAAAGGAAAGAAAAGACCAGAACUAAAGUCCCCUCAGAAUCUCGAGAGAGGAGCACACCCUCUACCAAGGAUGACCCUAGUGCAAGCAGUGGAGCAGAGGGAGAUGUGUCCUCCGAAAGAGAGCCCUAGUGAUUCUGGAAAGAAUUAGCAGGGAACAAAAGACCACGGAGGACAAGGGAUAUUGCUCUGUAAUUAAUUUCAUAAUGGAGUCCUGUUUCUCUAACACUGUGUGUGUACUUGUAUGAAGCCUUUUGUGUAAUAAAAAGUGUUAUAUUUU